AUCAAGCAAACAGCCCCCAACUAAACUCUUGCUUGCGCAGCCUGAGUGAGUUCGACACGCAACACACGAACCGGCUUGAUUUCCUCACAAUCGCACUCAUUUCACGAUGUUGUCGCUGCGCCCAUUCAAGACGGCCCAACGGCUUAGCCGAAGGGUCUCACCGCGCAUGCCGCAGCACCCGCCGAAGCGAUACCGCCAUUACUCUACUAACGGAUCAUCAUCGAGCUUCCCGACAUCAAACGGCAAGAUAGCGAGACCAGACAAGACAAAUGCCGUGCCUCGACGAUGCCCCCACCGCCGAAUUAACCCCGGCUGCCAGCCCAUCGAAAGAGGACAUCUCGCCCAUCCCCUCCCAGGACGCCCACCCAAUCCCAGUCACCAACAUCCCUGGCGUCGGCACAUGCGAAAACUCGCCGGUAGCCUCCAACAACUCGUGCGAGGACCGCUUCCUCUACGGCACGGUGCCCUCGUCGUGGGGCGCCGGCAGUCACUGGGGCGCAUGGGGUGUCUUUGACGUGUACUCGGGCUCGCGGACAGCCGACCUGCUCGAGAAGCAACUCCUAGCGUGUGUGCGGCACAGUCCGGGCAAAAGGUGUGCCUUGCUCUCCAUGUAUGACUACUUCACGAGCACGUUGCAUGUGGCGUGUAUCGGGGAUUCGAGGGCUGUUCUGGGUCGCAAGCGGCCCAACGGCACAUGGGAGGCCGUGCUAUUACCCGUGCACCAGACCGGCCACAAUCCCCGAGAACUUGCCAGGCUGAGGAGGAAGGACCCCGGCAAAGAAGACAACGUGACCACGAACGGGCGCGUUCGCGGCAUGGCGGCUUCUCGCUCCGCCGGAAACGGACGCUGGGAAUGGUCCUUGGAUUUACAACGGGAUCCCCGGCUGAGAUUGCACUCGCUACGCGUCCUGCCGCCGGUAUACAAAGCGGGAACGCCGCCAUACCGCACUGCCGAACUGACGUCGACGACGAUCGGUAACACUGACCAACCCUCCUUCUUGAUCAUGGGAAGCAAUGGGUUGUGGGGUCGGCUCUCUUCCCAGCAAGCCGUCGACAUGGUGGGGAAAUGGUGGGACUCGGGACCGCCACGAAAAGGAGACAUGGAGCCGGAGCCGACAUACGACACUGUGUAUUACAAUCAAUUCCGAACUCUGGGGUCUGCCAGCCCAAGGUACUUGAGGCACCACGGGCUGAUCGCAGCGCAGUUCGUUUACAUUCCUCCCUUUCCAUUCAUUCUUGGCGAUGCCACAUUACAGGUGGUGUUUUUCGGCAGGUACCGCGCUGUCUAAGGGCCCCCCCAGAAGGCAGUCACAGGCACAUAAGCGUGUGGAAAAGAACAAUGACAAUCAGGUCCAGGUUCCCCCCUUCCGGGUGGCCCAAGAGACGGGAGGGACCAACACAGUUGGAACGGGCUGUGAGCGUAAACACCGUCAACGAUAAACCAUCAUCCCAGUCUAAAUUGAGCCUAGCUAAUUCCACAUUUAUUAUUCAUCCUGCGGCACUAAGCGGUGUCUUUGAGGCCCAUGAUGCUUUCCGUGUCAAUGUCCCAACCGUCCUCAAUCUCGCCAGGGUACCGCUCUCCGUGCGGUUACAAGUAAGCCUACUCCAUCAUCAGUCGGACGUAGGGUCCAUCGGAAGAUUGUUGGCGGGCUGCAA